AUGUUCUUGGUUGGGACGGUGAUUGCAAUGGGAAGCUACACGGUGUUUAUAGGGUCGUGUAGCAAGGCGUUGAAGGAGAAGGUUCCUAGGAUCACAAAGAAACUAACGUGGGCGUCUUCUCUUGUGGCCAUUGGACUUGAAAUUGAAGCUAUAGAAGUGGGAGACGUGAGAUACGAGGAUGGGAUGCAAGCUUGGUUCGCAAGCCACUAA